AUGCCAGUUCUCAACCUCUUGAGUAAAUCAGUAGGGGGACUUAUCACUGCAGGAACUACUGACAAGUUGAUACAAAGUGAUAGCUACUCUCAGUCCACAUUAUAUGCUCGAGGUGGAAAUGCCCUCUUUGUAGCAUGUGUCACCACAGAACUGGCUGUGAACAUCCUUCUGACAUGCAUGAUUGCUGGGAAAAUCUUUCUGAUUCAUAGGCAAGUACGAAAGAUUCUGGGUAAAAAUGUCCAAAGCAUGUACCAAUCAAUUGUGAUCAUUGUGAUUGAAUCUGGGAUGAUGUAUCCUAUUGUGCUUAUUCUCUUGCUUUCACUCCCAGGCACUGCAGAAGUGACUGUGGCAUUCCCAAUGGUUCAAGUUGUGGGGAUUGCACCAACUCUUAUUGUGGUCCGCAUUGGCCUUGGAACUAUUGUUCAAGAUGUCCAGUCAGGCCUCAAAACUAUGCAAGCAGUAGAACCAAGUGGGAAUGAUUCAAAUUCUCAGUGA